AAAUCCAAAUGUUUCUCAUAUAAAUAGUUUUAGUUUUUCCUUUACUAUUGAAUUUAAGCAUAUAGUUAGUUCUUAAAAUCAAUUGCAUCUAGUGGGUCAUGCUGGCACUUGGAUGAUGCUUAUUGCAGCUGCAGCUAGUAGGCAUUAGCGGAAGCAAUCCCACACUGCUGCCGUACUGCAAAGCCUUGCAACUCUCAUUACAAAAUCUGCUCACAGUAGGAAGAUGGCAUCACUGGGCUCGCUGCCACCAGAGCUGAAGGUCCAAAUUGCAAGUCUCCUACGCCCAAGCGAUCUGGCAUGCCUUCGUUUUGCCAACCGUGACUGGGCAGCUGCUGGGUCCUGGGCCCUCUUCGAGGUGUUGCGCUUUUCGGGACGCCCGCAAGAUGAGCCGCCUUUUUGGAACUUCGGGCCACACGCUGAAUACCUUCCAUAUCCUGCCAACUUUGGCCGAUCUCGUGCUUGCCGGAUGAAGACGGUCGAAUUCGGUCGCCUGUCCGAUGCCGUCAAAGAAGUCAUGUCCCUCGCACUCCAUAGAUACACCAGGACAUUCGUCUUUGACCCUGCCUACUACCGCAAUGGCUUCUGGGAUGACUAUCGCUUGAUGCUGGAAGCGGCGAUGGAUGAACCGCUCGACGAAGAUGACUUGGAUGAUUACGACAUUGAUCAGAUCGAAUAUGAGUACAGAGUAGGAGCCUGGGCAGAACCGGGAUAUGAAUCAGACUCGUCGAAAUCGUCUGUGGACGUAUAUGAAUUGGCACUCGAGCGUGAAAGGGUCCGCCGGGUGCUUCGGCCGGACCUUGAAGCCGCAGCCAUCAAUGAAGCCAUUGCUUAUUGGAAUAACAAGAUGGAAGAACAAACGGCGAAUGAAGCCGAGAUACUCACCGCACUUGUAAAGCUAUUUAGAGGCAUGAGCUGCUUGGAAAAGAUUCAGGUGAGACCGUGGGAGUUCUCAAAAUGGCCGGGAUUGAGGUCUUGCAACUCCUACGAAAUUGAUUCCCAACGAGGGCAUCUCGGGUUUUGCUCAUCGCUCAUGACUGAGUUCGUAGCUCAAGCUUUAGAAUCUGCCGGGCGACACAUCCAACACCUACAAGUUAUCGAGUUCUGCCCGGCACAAUUCCACAACACUCCCGCUACGCGACAUCUUUUCACAGGGUUACGACAGCUAUCGUUAGACCAGUUUUCCAUGCCCCCCUUAGAGUCACAGUCAUCGGGAGUGAUGUCUAAGCUGUUACAAUGUGCGCUGCCAACAUUAGAACGGCUAUCGGUCUGCGCAGGGGGGAAAUGGCCGGAGAUACAAGGCGACGGCGAAGACGCCCUGUUCAGAAAAACCCUGGGUAUGCAAGGUGAAGAUUCGCCGCUGGUCUUUCCUAGGCUAGAGUUCUUACAAUUCCGAGGUAUGAUAUUCGACGGAUCAACAUUGCUUCGUUUCCUCAGCGCCCAGCCUUGUCUUAAGCGGUUGGAGUUCACCCAUGUGGUUCUAGGCCCUAACGGUUUAAGAUGGCCUGAACUUUUGGAAGCCCUACCUGAUAGGAUUGAAAGCUGCCAGCUGCUCGAGGACUUCCGCCAUGAGCCAAUAGAGGGCGGGGAUCCUACGGGGAGAUGGGAUCCGGAGGUUGACCCAAUUCCAAUCCACUCUGGGUGGAAAGAAAAGAAAUUAUACGGCUUCGGAUGCGGGCAUUUCGUGCGCAAGACUUGAUCUCACAAAGAGAAUACAGGCAGCAGACCAGGCCUGUUUCACGUCAGGUAGGAGUCUCACGGUUUAAUCCACUUGGGUUAGUAGUAAAUAUAGGCUUUCCAGCUUCAAUGCCGGCCGUAUCAAGACGAGGGUGUCCGUCAAGCUAAACGCAUAUAUCAAUACUCUUACCAUUAUUCGUUUAAUCAAUAAUUCAUACUGAGGGCUGGUAUGAAAAGCGAGCUCCUAAGGUUGGCGUAAGCGCGGGGUUGAGGUAAUCCCAGGAGGCUUACAAGUCUGUUCAAACUAGUGGGUAGCGACGUGGCUGAGUGUCAAUGCGACCUAAGCGGUCGUGUUUUAGAUAGUUCGAUUAGCAAGCUUAGGCUUGGGCACAAAGAAAUCUGUUUGCGACAGCUGCUCUAGGUAUGGUAAAAGCAGCGAGCUUAAGUCACCGAAGAGCAUAGAUUCUAGGCGUCUGACAAUCAUAGAAUAAAUGUUUCAUUUUAAGCAAGAGUGCUAGGGUAGUAGGUAGCUUGUGCACAAUAUAGAUGUAUUACACUAGUGCAUCUGUCCCGCUUCUUAGUGGGCGUGGGCACGGUCCUUUAGCG